UCCCUCCACAGUAAAACUGGUUGACAUUAACCUUCACAUACAAAGAUUCACACGAGACAUUCACACAGGACAGACAAUGGAUCAGGAAAAACUCUGCUGUUCAGUCUGUCUGGAUCUACUGAAGAAGCCGGUGACUAUUCCCUGUGGACACAACUACUGUAUGAGCUGCAUUAAAAGACACUGGGAUAAAGAGGAACCAAAAGGAGCCUACAGCUGUCCUCAGUGCAGAAAAGUCUUUGCACCGAGGCCUGAGCUGGUGAAAAACACUAUGUUAGCAGAGUUAGUAGAGGACUUGAAGACACCUGCAAUCCGACCUGCUUCAGCUGAUCUCUGCUAUGCUGGACCUAAAGAUGUUUCCUGUGAUGUCUGCACUGAAAAGAAGCUGAAAGCAGUGAAGUCCUGUCUGGUAUGUUUGGUUUCUUACUGUGAGCAACACCUCCAGCCUCACUAUGACUCCUCUGCCUUUGACAAACACAAGCUGGUCAAACCAUCGAACAGGCUGAAAGGGAACAUCUGUUCAACUCAUAAUGAGGUGAUGAAGAUGUUCUGCAGUACUGAUCAGCAGUGUAUCUGUUAUGUCUGCUGCCUGGACAAACAUAAACGCCAUGUAACAGUUCCAGUUGAAGUUGAAAGGGCAGAAAAAGACAAAGACCUUAAGAUGAAUCUGCAGGAAGUCCAGAAGAAAAUUCAGACCAGAAUGGAGGAAGGUGAAGUGCUUGAGAAAGAGAUGGAGGGAAUCAAACUGUCUGCUGAUAAAACAAUUGAAGACAGUGAUGCCAUCAUCGAUGAGCUGUUGAGUUACAUUAAAGAAAAAGGCUCAAAUCUAAAGCAGCAGAUCAAAUCCCAGCAGGAAACUGAAGAGAGUCGAGUCAUGGAGCUUCAGAAUAAUCUGGAGCAAGAGAUCACUGAGCUGAGGAGGAAAGAAGAGGAGCUGAAGCAGCUUUCACGCACAGAGGACCACACCGAAUUUCUACUAAGUUACUCCAUGAUGUCAAAACUCAGUGAAUAUACAGAUUCACCAAGCUUUAAAAUGUGUCAAGUUAAGUACUUUGAGGAUCUGCAAACAGCAAUGUUAGAAGCCAGAGAAAAUCUCAAAGCAUUUCUAAGUGAGGAAUGGAGGAAGAUCACCCUGACAGUGAGAUCAGUGGAUGUUUUAUUGCCACAAAUUGAACCUAAGACCAGAGAUGACUUUUUAAAACAUUCAUGUCAACUGACGAUCGACCCAGAUACAGUCCACAAAAAUCUCUUCCUGUCUAAUCAGAACAGAACCGUAUCAGACAGUGCUCCAAAUCCAAAUAUCUAUCCUGGAUAUAAAAAAAGGGACAGGUUUUCCAACAACCAGCAGGCCCUGAGUAAGGAGAGUCUGAUUGGACCUUGUUACUGGGAAGUGGAGAGGAAAGGGAAAGGCCUUUCAGUAGCCGUGACGUACAAGAAUAAAAAUAAACUGGAUCAAAGUGAUUUUGGAAGUAACAAUAAAUCCUGGGCAUUAGAGUGUUACGGUGACAGCUACAAAUUCAGUCACAAUAAAAUCACAACUCCCCUCUCAGGCCCUCUGUCCUCCAAAAUAGGAGUGUACGUGGAUCCUAGAGCAGGUGUUCUUUCUUUCUACAGCGUCUCUGACACCAUGGCCCUCCUCCACAGAGUCCAGACCACAUUCACUAAGCCGCUCUAUGCUGGACUUGGUAGUUAG